UGAGCAUGACUCUCUCCAGCCAUAGGAGAAGAAGAAGUUUCAAUCACGUUCUUUACGUCACACGUUAGUUUGCAUGUUGAAACAUGGCGUCCUCCACGAAGAAGGUGUUCGAGGUUUUCGUGGCUAAAAUACCAUGGACUGUGGCCGCCAGUAAGUAUUUAUAAAAUUUUUUAAUUACUAACUCGUAAAGAGUGUUAUCAAAGUCUGUGAGGCAGCACUUAGAUGUCUUGAAUGUGAUUCAGUGUGUUUAUCACGGCGCUGUACCGUAACCUCUGAAUGAUGGAGAAAUGACAUUUGAGUUAAUGUGAUUCUCGACAGAGAAACAUAAAUGUCUCAGUUUAAGACAGGGACUGAAAAUAACAUAUUUAAACCAGACCAUAGAGAAUCCGGACUGCAGAGAUUUCAUGUUUUAAAACGGUCACUGGAGAAGAUAUAGAAAUAUUAAACGUUUGACAUUAGUACGAGGAGGCUUUUCAGUGGACACAUUCCAUCAGCAGCCCAGUGUAUUUAUUUAUGUUUUUAUAAACAUCAUGUAAUGUAACAGUCCUAAUAGACACUGAGUAUUAUUUUAGAUAAGAAUAUCUGUAUUUAUCCCCAAGAGAAAUAUUUAUUCCUGAUUUAAACCCAAUUUGAUUUGUUGCGCUUGUUUUUCAGAGGAGAUGAGGGAGUACUUCGGACAGUUCGGUCAGGUUAAAAGGUGUCUAAUUCCAUUUGUAAGUAAUCAGUCUACUCCACUGAUGGUCUGUUCAUUUCUUAACAUUUACUAUGUGAAUCUGGCCUCAGAUGUACCCCCUUUUACCCUCUUACACCAUCUUUUACCCUCUUCUACCCUCUUUACUUUCUUUUAAUCUCUUUCUCGUGUGAAAAAUAUGAUCUGCCUAUAUUAUGCAGGGAUUGUGAUUAGGUUGCAUGUUGUAACAAAUAUGGGACACUGUUGGCACAUUAAUGGAAAUUAUUUUUCUAUUCAGUUUGUCAAAUUUGAGAAAGAACUGUUUGAUAAUUAAUUAUACAUAUCAUGUUUAUUAUCUGAAUUAUAAAGUUUAAAUUUAAAUUUAUAGGAGACUGUCUGACAUUCUGGAUCAAAACACUGUUGUGUGACUGUGUGUUUGUGUGUUUCAUCAGGAUAAAGACACAGGUUUCCAUAAAGGUUAUUGCUGGGUCGGGUUCUCGACAGAGGACGGUUUGAAUAAUGCUCUGCAGAAAGACCCUCACAUUUUAGAGGGGACCAAGGUAAGAGGAAAUCACUUUUUAUUUAAAAUUAUGUCCUAAGUUGUUUUAAAAUGACAUUUGAAGGUUAAAUCAGGGAGGGGAACCACCAUUGGACUGCCGUGUUGUCUUGGACAUCAGUAUAUUCAUUUAUUUACAGUUUGGGUUUAAAUCUGGUGCAAUCUGUGUAAUCUCUGUUUCAUGUCUCCCUGAUUUGCAGCACAUUUGAGAAAAAAUGGCAUUAAAGCUUUUACAGAUAUACUGUUUAUAGUUGUAUUUGGUGUAAGUCAUGUCUACAUUCACCUUUUCUAUUUCAAAGAAUAUAUCCUAAUAUUAUCAUUUAAAACUGAAAAAAAUAUCACUAAAAUCGUUUUUGCCAAAGUUUAUUUGAAUUUUGUUGCUGUUUUUUUCUCUCCUCACAUAUAGUUUUUACAACAGUUAAGUUCAGGAAUUUUCUGGAAAUUAAUGUUAAAAUUUCUGCUUUUGCAUUUACAAACACUGACACAGUUUUUAAUUCUCGGGAUGAAUAAAAAAGUGAAAGCCGAUGAAUUUUUCUUUUUUCUUUUUUUCUCACAACAAUCAACCAAAAAAAGCAGCAGCUUGUGACAUCAGUAAAGUGUGGGAUAAAUAAACAAAGCAUCAUGAAGUUUCAAGAAGAAGAGUCUGAACUUGAAAAUAUUAACUAUUUAUCUUAAUUUUAAACUCAAAACAUCUGCUGUUUUUGUUUCAGCUCCAGGUCCAGAUGAACAGACGUGCUUUCACUGACAUGAAGGCAAACAAAGAGAGUGAAUUAGACUGAAGGACUUUGGAGCCAUCUUGUGAAUGAGGAUAUACAGAUUUGUUGUUUGAAUCGUCAGGCUCAUAUUUGCAGCCUGUUUCAUGUGUGAAAAGUUUCCGUUCUGUGUGACCUCAGAGAAAACAUUUGACCAAUACAUGACAGCUUGGGCUUUAAUUUUCCACUUUGAAGCUUUAUUGUCAUUGUGUUGAAGGGAGGAUGGGUACAAACCUGAUGUCUUUAUUUAUUAUCAGUGCUGUACUUCCUCAUCCAUCCUGUCACAAACUGUAAACAGAACAAAAGCUGGUGUAUCAUACACCAUUUCAUAUAUGGCAAUAAAAACUUUCUCUAACCGUGAUGUCUGUUGUUCGUUUUUUUUGGUAAGAAAUGUAUCUAGACCUUAGGUUUUCUCUCUUUUUUUUAUACAAAAAUAAAAGAUUCACUUUAAAAAAGAUUAAUUUCUAAAGCUCCUUUGAGGAAUUUUUGAUUUGCACUAAUUUAUGACUAGUUUAUCACUGCCCCUCAACAAAAUAGUCUUCUUUAUCUGUCUUUAUCUAUUUUAUAACAAGCUGAAAAACACUGAACAGGAGUUUAAACUGAAUAACUGACUCCCUCAUUACUGGGGAAACCAACUAGAGACUGUAGCUAACUUUAACAGCGGAACAUCCUCAGCACCUGGUCAAGAAACCAGGUUCACAAUAACAUCCUGUAAAUGUAGAUCUAGUCUUUAUGGUUCCCCGUUUCAAACCUAUUAUUUCGAUGGGGUGGCUGUAUGGGGGACUUAGGCCAAAAGUUUUUUUGCAGUACUGUUGGUAAAACAUUGAUUUAGAAAAUAAUGUCUUGAUAUGUUGGAAAUAAUUUGAUUUACUUUAAGUUUGAUUUCUUUGCCAAGAUUUUAUAAGAAGAAUAUUAUUUAAUUUAAAAAAAACCCUCUUUGGAUUUCCGGUGUCACACAUCCUUUUCUUUAAAUGUAUGUUAAUGUUAUCACACUUGAAAUGUUGGUUAUGAACUUCAAUUAAAUAAUUUUCAUCUAUGUGCAACAGUUUGUUUGACUUUGGGUGCUUAAAUGGUUAAAAUAACUCCUGCUCUGGGGAACUUAAGCCUUGACCUUCGUAUGUCCUGAAGACAAGGUGGUAUCACUUAUUUUCUUACCUACUAUGUCCUGCACAUGUACAAGCCAUAUUUUAUAAUCUAAAAUCUAGUCCUACUUCAUUUUACCCCUCAAAUGUAUCACUCAUUGAAAAUCUUUGACAUGAUAAGUGCUGAAAGAAGUAGUUUUGGUGAAGUGCUGUUAAUAGUUUGACUGACACUCUUGUUAAUGUUUCAGAUACCAGAAAACAGCUGAAUAAAAACUGUCAAAUCUUCA